AUGGGGACAGAGUGCAGUCGGCGGGGGUCCCUGGCGCUCACCCUCAACAUUGUAGCAUUUACGUGUGCCCUGUCAGCAGUGACCACUAGCUUCUGGUGCGAGGGGACCAGGAAGGUGGUCAAGCCUUUCUGCACGGGGCCGGUGACGACCAGGCAGUCGUACUGCAUUCGCUUCAACAGCAGUAACAUCAAUGACAGCCGGCUGGUGCAGUACAUCUGGGAGUCGGGAGAAGAGAAGUUCCUGAUGAGGAAGUUCCACACCGGCAUCUUCUUCUCCUGUGAGCAGGCUGCUGACAUGAAUGGUUUUAACUGCAGAGACUUUAAAGACAUUGCACCUGACCAUGAAAAAGGGGUCCUAUGGCUGUGCAUCACAGCUGAGUGUCUCUACCUCAUCCUGCUGUUCACGGGUGGUGUACUCAUGUGGUUAGAGCUGUGUCCUUGCCUCAGCGUCAUGAACAAGCUGAAGCUCAACGCCUUUGCUGCCAUGUUCACCGCCCUGUCAGGCCUUUUGGGGAUGGUAGCCCACAUGAUGUUCACCACGGCCUUUCAGCUGGCUGUGGCUAUGGGUCCGGAGGACUGGAGGCCCAAGACCUGGGACUACAGCUGGUCCUACAUCUUAGCAUGGGGCUCCUUCGCCACCUGCAUGGCUUCUGCAGUGACAGCACUGAACAGGUACACCAAGACCAUCGUAGAGUUCAAGUACAAGCGGCGGAACAUUGAGAAGAACCUGAGGAUCAAGCAGAAGCUGCUGGAGAUGGACCUGCCAGAGCAGAUGUGGGACAUGUACCUGACGGCUGUGCCUGCAAGGGGAGAAGGAAAUGCUGGGCCUCUGGACCUCCCUGUCAAUGGGCACAAACCCUCCACUGGAGCAGCCUAUGUAAUGGGCCUGGACAGCAUGACAGAACCACAGGGAGAGGCCUACUGCUAAGACAGUGGUCACCAGCCCUGGGCCUGCAGG